AUGUUGACCAAGAAAGAUCUGUCUGACAUAGAAAAGACUCUGGCGGGUGUAGAUAUAUUACGAACCAAAUAUGGUAUGCCAGUUGAAUUGAUCCAGGAUUUGAUCCAAGAUAAUGUGGAUGAGCUCCUUAAGAAAGUGGCAAUCCUAAAUUCAUUCAGAUUUCCGGAUCCCUUGGAUUACGCGGAGUAUGGAUUUUUAUUACGGUUGCCCCUAUACAGUCUUCAGGAUCUUUACCACGAUUUGCAGGAAUCUGGACUAAGGGAAUACAGGGUGACAGAUAUUCAAAAACAUUUAGAAGAAAAAAAUUACGGAAUAAAAAAUAUCGCACUGUUGUCAAAAUUCACAGGCGUGACUGUAUCGGAAAUACAACGACUAACAAAACAUUUUAAUCACAAAUUUAUACCUAUUGGCUCACAAAAGUUGGAAGCGAAAAUCAAAUUGAUGAAAUGGUACGGACUAACAAACGAAGACAUCUGUCAAGUAUGCUGCUUCUUAAACCUACAAAUGAAAGUUUUAAAAUCUAUUCUGGUUAAGUAUACAAAACUAAAAGGUGAUGGUGUCCUUCCAUGGAAGAUAAAAGUGUAUCUUUCAAAUCCUUGUGUACAAAAAAUGAUGAGUGUUCGAACAGUAAAUACAUUAGGGAAACACAUAAUGGCUUUUAAAUCCAAACUGGGGUUCAAAAUGAAUCUCUGUCCACAAACGUUGAUUUCUUUACUUGUUCUGAAUAUGAAACCAUUUACAACCAUGCUGGAAAAAAUUGAAAUUCUGAAAAGCGUUCUACCAAUUGAAGAAAUCAUAACACCAGAGGGCAUUCAUUUCCUGACCAAAUUGACUAAAGAGGGGUUAAUCCAAGGCGUGAAACGAUCAGAAUCUCUUCCAGAACUUUCCAUCGCACAUUUUGAGAAGUCCUUCUUUUUCAGAAAAGUUCAAAUUUUGAAGAAAGAACAGCGUAGAAUCAUCAGUGAAAUGUUAAAUCUGUCGUAUGUCGACGUUCGGAAAGUUAGCCAAAUGUUCGAAACAGAACACAAAGACAUACAGGCAAAUAUAAUGCUACUACAAAAUUAUGGAUUUUCAGUAGCGGACAUUCGAAAGUUGUUUAUCGUCGUGUACGCUGACACAGAAAGGCUUAAGUAUCAACUGGAUGUUCUGAGUUCAAGACCAGAAAUACAAGACUACAAUUUGCAAGUCACGAGCUUCAAGGCCUUAAAUUACGUCCAGUAUUUUCUAGAGAAUGACUGUAAGUUGGAAGGUGUUGAUCAAUUUGGCAUCAACGAUAUUGAUGAUGAUGAUGAUUUUGAAAAUGAAAGUGACUUGCGUUCUUAA